AUGAAAAAUAUUUCAGCUACCAAUGCCUCGAACAGUGCGAUCAAAGACUAUUACCACACUUUGGCAGAAGGAAUCGUACUAUGCAGUGCUUUUGUAGUGGAAGCCGUACUGAUUGCCUUUGGGAAUUUGUUAACAGUAGUUCUAUUCGCAUUUAAUAGAAAGCUUCGCAGGAAAAGCUUGUUUCUUGUUAUAAACAUGGCAUUUUCUGAUGCCAUGUUAGGAGCUGUGUGUCUGCCGCUAUAUGUUUACUUGAUAGUCGGACCUACAUUUCAGCUAUGGGAAAAUGCAUAUGAGCUGCAGAUCAGGUUAGAUAUUUUUGUCCAUGUGUUGCAUACCAUUUUCACGCACUCAUCUUUAAUUUCUGCAGUGUUCAUAUCCUUUGAAAGAUUCUAUGCCAUCUAUUGGCCAUUGAAACACCGAAGACUGUCAGUGCGAGAAUAUUUCAUAAUCAUUUUAACGACAUGGGUUUUGGCCAUCAUUGUUUGCGCUGUCCACAACGCAGAACACUACUUUCAUCUAGGACUUUCCUUUUACGGAUGGAUUCUUUUCCCACUGGUAUUUCUAUCUGCUGUUUGUGUCUUAAACAUUGGCAUUUUGAUGAAGUUCCAUUGGGGAAGUCUGGAAAGUAUCAAUUUACAGCAGCAAAACAGAUCUGCGCAGAAUAUGAAACGACUGACAAAAACGCUGUUGUUUGCAUCUAUGACCGCCAUACUUUCCUGGCUUCCUCUACUCAUUGGUAA